AUGUCACUCAGAUUGCUCGGAAAUUUGGCCAAGGCUCCGUUGACGAUUUCCCGAGGCUACGCUGAGGCGCAAAUUAAGGCCCCUGCUGCGGGCACUGUUUUAAAAGUCCGAGAGGCGCUUCACAACGCGUUGGACGAGGAGUUGGCCCGAGAUGAGAAUGUGAUCAUCAUUGGCGAAGAAGUGGCUCAAUUCGACGGACCUUACAGGGUAUGUGGAGUAUUAGCACGUUCACAAAAGUUCCUGGACAUUUUUUCGCAGUCGCACUGUGAAUCCGGAACUUUUGUCGCAAACGCACAGUGCAGAAAAGUUUCGCCAAAAAGGAGUCUUCUCACUUUCGAAAAGCCCUAGUAAUGCGACUUGUGCAUAGUUAACUCUUCGUUUUAGGUGACAAAAGGUCUGUGGAAGAAGUACGGAGACAAACGAGUCAUCGACACACCAAUCGCCGAAAUCGGAUUCACCGGAAUCGCGGUUGGAGCGGCGUUUCAUGGGAUCAGGCCGGUGGUCGAUUACAUGACCUGGAAUUUCGCCCUGCAAUCCAUCGAUCAUAUCAUCAACAGCGCCGCCAAGGCGUUCUACAUGUCGGCGGGCAGGGUUCGUUUGUUUUCUUGUUGUUUUCUUUCCUACGGCAAGGAUUUUUACAUUGAAGAUGACUGUUAGUAUUUUCAUAAAGUCCAUGGACGCUUCGGAAGUCUGUCGGGAAAAUAACGUGGAUUUGUCGCGGCUUGGAAUCACAUAUUAUUGUUUUGCGACGGCUAGGUGCGGCUGGGGUUUGACGCGUGACUGCGACAAAUCCACAUUAUUUUCCCGACAGACUAGUAAUAUUUUCAUAAAGUGCAUGGAAAUUUGUCCUCUUUCGCACAGUGCAUUUUGAACUUUUUCCCACGCUUGUCGCCAGCGCACUGUGCAUUUUUCUUUUUCGCACGGUGCAAAACACAAAAAAGCCGCUCGCACAGUGCAUUUUUUCUAUUUUCGCACAGUGCAAACCCCAAAAAACUCCGUUUGCACAGUGCAUUUUGAACUUUUUCCCACGCUUGUCGCUGACGCACAGUGCAUUUUUUUCUCUUUUCGCACAGUGCAAACCUCAAAAAAACCGUUUGCACAGUGCAUUUUGAACUUUUUCCCACGCUUGUCGCCAACACACAGUGCAUUUUUUCUCUUUUCGCACGGUGCAAACCCCAAAAAAUGUCAUUCGCACAGUGCAUUUUGAACUUUUUCCCAGGCUUGUCGCUAACGCACAGUGCAUUUUUUCUCUUUUCGCACAGUGCAAAACACAAAAAAGCCGUUCGCACAGUGCAUUUUUCUUUUUCGCACAGUGCAAACCUCAAAAAAAAACCGUUCGCACUGUGCAUUUUGAACUUUUUCCCACGCUUGUCGCCAACACACAGUGCAUUUUUUCUCUUUUCGCACAGUGCAAACCUCAAAAAAACCGUUCGCACUGUGCAUUUUUCUUUUUCGCACGGUGCAAACCACAGAAAAAGCCUUUCGCACAGUGCAUUUUGAACUUUUUCCCACGCUUGUCGCUAACGCACAGUGCAUUUUUUCUUCAAAAAAUCGCGGCGAUAUUUCGAUGCACAGUGCAAAACCAAAAAAAAAUUAAACGCACAGUGCAAAAUGGGGAUUGUUUGUGCAUGGUGCGGAACGCGACAAAUGUCUAUGCACUCUGUAAAAAAUAUGGACUAAAAACAAUUUUUCUGAACUUUUUAGAUCAGUCGCUUCCUUGUUUACCAACUUUUUUGGCUCCUCCGAUCAAAAGGGCAUGAAAAAUUGGUUGCGAAAGAACUUUUUUUGAUAUCAUCGAGACUGAUUGGGCGAUUCACAGAUCACAAAAAUUAACUUCUGAUUUUUUCUGCAAGAUUUAAAAAAAUUUAGCAUGCAUAUCAAUCUGUCGGGAAAAUAAUGUGGAUUUGUCGCGCCUUGGAAUCGUGUAUCAUCGGUUUGCGAUGGCUAGUUGCGGCUCGAAAUUUGAUGCAACUGUGACAAGGCGAGACAUUUUACUGCGACAAAUCCACAUUAUUUUCCCGACAGACUGAUAUGCAUGCUAAAAUUUUUAAUCUUGCAGAAAAGUCUGAAGUUAAAUUUUGUGAUCUGUGAAUCGCCCAAUAAUUCUCGAUGAUAUCAAAAAAGUUCUUUCGCAACGAAUUUUAAUAUUUUCCCGACAGAAUAGUAGCGCAAAACAGGCUCAAAUUCAAAAUGCAUAACCUUGAAUUUGAAUCCCUUUCAGUGUAAUGUCCCAAUCGUCUUCCGCGGCCCCAACGGCUGGGCGACCGGCGUCGCCGCGCAGCACAGUCAAGACUUCUCGGCCUGGUACGCGCACUGUCCCGGCCUCAAAGUCGUGGCGCCCUACAACUGCGAGGAUGCCAGAGGGCUGUUGAAGGCCGCGAUUCGUGAUGAUAACCCAGGUAGGAGGGCGCUGUGUUUUAACACGACUUUUUAGUCGUGGUCCUGGAGGACGAGAUGCUCUACGGCUACAGUUUCCCGGUGUCGGACGAAGCGCAGGAUAAGGACUUCACGAUUCCGAUCGGAAAGGCAAAGAUUGAAAGAGAGGGUGGCGACAUUACGCUCGUCGCUCACUCCAUGGCCGUUCAUUUUGCUCUGAAGGGCGCUGAAGAGCUGGCCCAAAGCGGAAUCAACUGUGAGGUAAGGAUCGAGCCUGAUAGGUACAGUGGAGGACCUGAUCCAGUGGCAAAAAACAUACCAUUUUGUAUCCGGGAGGUAUCAAAAAAUGUGGCAAAAUACCUCCCUUUCCAAGUGAAAAAACUCCGUUUCAAAAAGCGCUCUUCAAAACGGAGUUUUUUCACUUCGAGAGGGAGGUAUUUUGCCACAUUUUUUGAAACACCCCGGAUGCAAAAUGGUACGUUUUUUGCCACUGGACCAACUCCGCCAUUUAACUAUACUACACGUAUAUUAAAGGUGAUUAAUCUCCGCUCUCUGCGCCCUCUCGACUUCGACACCAUCAAAGCGUCGGUGUUGAAGACGCACAGGUUGGUCACCGUCGAGUGUGGCUGGCCCUUCUGCGGGAUUGGCGCCGAAAUCAGCGCCCAGUUCAUGGAAUCCGACGCCUUCGACCAGCUGGACGCCCCAGUGAGCCGAAUCACCGGCGUCGACAUCCCCAUGCCGUAUGCGUUGAACUUGGAGACCGCCUCCUUGCCCACCAAGGACCACGUGGUCAAGAAGGUGAAGCAGAUCCUCGGAGCCCCGUAG